AUGGAGCGACCACCUCUUUCCACCGAUAGCUCAAUGAGUGGCGAGGGUGAGAGUACUGCUGACAUCUCGGCAUCGUCGUCCACAUCAGAGCGGUCACUCAAUCCCAGCCCAUCUCUCCGAGGAUCGCCGGACCAGGAGCAGGCAUCUGCGGCCACUACGCCCGACUCAUCGAUGGUCUUGUCGACAGCGUCAGCAUCGGUUGCUUCGCCCGAGUUCUGGGCGCUGUUCCACCCUCUCUUCGACAGCAUGCUUCGUCUGUCUUCGAUAUAUGCCCACCUCGGAAUGGCCCAGGAGACCAUGUACUACGCCGAACAAGCACAAAAGGUCGCUACCGUUACCAAUGCGGCCCUGUCGCUGGCCCAAGCCGAAUCCUGGAUGGCGACGGUCUGCCUCAAAGCCGGCCAACUCGACAAAGCAGUCACGUUCGUCACCCAGUCUCGGUCCCGACUGGCUGACAUAGACGCGACCAACCGAAAGGCGUCGCUUGCUUGCGACCUUGCUAACCUCUACCGGGAGAUGAACGACGAGAAGAACGAGCAAGAAAUGAUGCAGGAGGCUGAACUGAUUGUGCAGCGCGUCUGCGAACUUCCGAGUACCGUGAAGACACCGGAAACACCGGAAACCGACCCCAACCCGACGUCGACCGAGGUCACGAAUACGAGAACGACGUCAGGGCGACGGACAAAGGCAGCGACGGCGGCGGCGGCUGCACCGGCAAAGUCUACGGCACGAAUGCCGGGCACCCGCAAGACGGCUGCCGCAGCCAAAUCGACAAAGAAGACCGCGGCCACGGCUCAGAGCACGGCUGCCGUCGAAACUUCUUCACAAACCGCCGUGGCUGACGCACUGACAGAAAACCCUGCUGCCCUCGGACUCCGCACUGCCCUCUUCAUGCAAAAGACCAUGUCCCACUUGAGCAAGAAGGAUUGGGCCGCGGCUCUGGCCAUUUUGAGGGCCAGCGCCAGCGACGCAACUGGGACUACCUCGCCAAAGAGCCAGUCCGACAUCCUGGCAGGACACAUUGCGCUUGCUGCUUGCUUGUUGGGCCACAGUACAGACCAAAUGGCCCGCGAUGCGGUAUUCUCCGUCAUCCAGGACUCGACACUUUCGUUCCCUGCGGUUAGCAGCGGUGUUAUCGCAGCGGGCGGUGAUGGAGACCGCCUCUCUCUAUCAAAGUCGCCCGUGGCUGCCAAAGUGAAAGGAAUGGCUUCUGCUCUGGGGAAACCGACCAAGAACACGGUUGGCUUUGUGGAGAUGCUGCAAGAAGCCCAAAACUGCCUCAUUGAAGCGCAGGCCAUUGCUACUGUUACCGGUGACUCCGUGACCCUCAACCGGAUCUCGAGCAUGCUCCAGAGCGCCGUGAUUGUUCUCUCGGCGACGUCCUGGAGCAAACCGCGUGCACUGGGUCACCCUGGCUACGCUAGCUGCUCUGUCGAGCUGGCGCGUAACAUGACAUGGAAGCGGCAACGGCGGGCUGUUCUUGUCGAGAAGGCUAUGUUGACGAAGCAGGAGAUUUCGGGUGAGGCAUCUUGGUGGCCCGCAGUGGCACCGACGUCGGCAACCGCCGUGACAACCGUUUCGCCAACCGGCAGCUUGAGUGGUGGCACACCGAGGCGUUCUAGCUUUACGGCCGGUGUGUCCAAGAUUACCGAUAUCAACAUCAGCCGGUUCCAGCGCGACUACAUUGACAUUAUCCCCAAAGACUGGAGCGUGGUUUCCAUGGCGCUCAGCGAGAACAAGCACGACCUGUGCAUUACGAAGCUCCAAGCUGGCCAGAGCCCCUUUGUCAUCCGCCUCCCCCUGGAGCGUGCAAUUUCACGCGACGCCGACAACGAAGUGUUCAACUACCAGCAGGGCCGGGCCGAGCUUCUUGAGAUUGUGAAGGCCAUCAACGACAGCUGCCAUGGGGCCCGCGACAUGACUGUCAAGGGGGCCAAGUCGUGCUGGUGGACAGAGCGUGAAGGCCUCGACAACCGCCUGAAGGAGCUUCUCGACAACGUGGAGCAGAUUUGGCUCGGUGGAUUCCGCGGCAUCUUCUCUCAGCAUGUGCGGCGGCCAACUCUGUUUGCACGGUUCCAAAAGACGUUCCAAGGCAUCCUCGACAAGCACCUGCCAUCUCGCCGGUCUCCCGCGCGUGGCAAGAAGCGGACUGGCAAGACACCGGCGUCUUCGUCUGCGGCUGCGUCACCGACACGGGUGGCUCUAGAUCCCCGUGUUCUAGACCUCUUCAUCGGCCUUGGCGACGCAACGACGGAGGGCUGUGAUUUCGACGAUGUUCUUGACGACCUGCUGUACUUUGUGGUGGACAUUCUACAAUUCCAUGGCGAGCACAAUGCCUACGACGAGAUUGACUUUGACUCCAUGGUGGUGGAGACCUUUGACGCGCUCUUUGCUUACCACUCCGCCAUUCACGACGGUCAGGCUCGGAGCUCGGCGACGGCGGCCGGCGAACCGAGUGAUCACCUCCAUAGCAUUCUGGUGCUCGACAAGUCACUCCACGUCUUCCCAUGGGAGUCGCUUCCGUGUAUGAAGGAGCUGGCCGUGUCGCGCGUGCCAUCUCUCGCCUGUCUUCGACGCCUGAUCCUUGAGCAGCAACAGCAAAACCACACAGACGCGGACGAGCUUAGAGAGCCACCGGAAGCCAAUCGUCCCAGCGGACACCGCGCAUCGCUUGCGUCGGGCGCCUACAUGCUCAACCCAUCGGGCGACCUGCCGUCGACAGAGGCCACGUUCGACGGCCCGCUGACGUCGAACGUCCGUGGCGCGUCCUGGAGCCGCAUUGUGGGGCGCACACCGACGGAAGACGAGUUUGAGGCAAUCCUCCGCGACAAGGACGUAUUGCUGUACUUUGGCCACGGCAGCGGCGCGCAGUACAUCCGAGGGCGGACGGUGCGGAAGAUGGAACGGUGCCGCGCGACAACGCUUCUGAUGGGGUGCAGCUCAGCGGGGCUCAACUACAACGGGGAGUUUGAGCUGCACGGCCCCGUCUGGGACUACAUGCUGGCCGGGUGCCCUGCCGUGGUGGGCACGCUGUGGGACGUCACCGACAAGGACAUUGACCGUUUUGCUGGGCAGGCGUUUGAGGCGUGGGGCCUCGUUCCCCAAGGCACCUUUGACGAAAAGGACAAGGCGGGAAAGCGGACUGGGCCCUCGACCUCGACCAAAAAACGCAGCGCGAGCCCGUCGUCGCGCGCUGCGACGGCGUCGUUGGUGGAAGCGAUUGUGUGCGCACGCGACGCGCCUCGAUUCCGGUAUUUGACCUCGGCGGCCGUGUGCGUGUACGGCAUUCCGGUGUACCUGCAAUGA